AUGGGCAAAGUGAUGGGCCUCGCGAUGUCCUUUGUGACAGCUGGCGUCACUCUCGGGCCGGUCAUUUCAGGAGCACUACUCGAAUUAUCAGGAUACUGGCCUGCCUGCGCGGCUCCGCUCGCCCUCCUUGCUCUCGACUGCAUCCUUCGACUGCUCAUGGUAGAUGCUUCCCCAGAGUCUCCCGGCUCCUGCGCCUCACCAACAUGCACCCACGCACCUAUGAAUAACGGCAUUGAAGGAGGAUUGGACGACGAAUACACAAGGUUGAUUCCUUCCGAUAACGACGACUACCAGUCAACAAACUUCAGUGCGGAUCAAACCACGCUACCGGCUAAGCUCAAGGGAUUCUAUUAUAUCGUGCUCCGUGAUCCACGCAUUAUUUCUGGUCUGGUUAAUACGAUGUCAUUUUCAGCAAUCCUUGCCGCUUUUGAUGCCACACUUCCUUUGCAUCUCUACACGGUCUUUGGCUGGGGCUCCUUGGCUGUCGGCAUGAUUUUCCUGGGCUUUCAGAUCCCCGGUAUGUUACUGGGUGCUGCGGCCGGCUGGCUUCGCGGUCGUCUGGGACCACGUUCCCCUACUUCCGUAGGCUGGGCGAUUCUGGCGCCACUACUCUGGCUCUUGGCAGCCCCGGGAAAAUUCGAAUGGGCGGACCCGGAGGGUAAUGGCAAAGCCGUGACCAUAGCUUGUAUCAUCGGAAUUGGUGUUGCUUCAGUAUUACUUCGUGGAGCGGGGACGUUCCAGGUUGCAAGUAAGUCUGAAAUUCUGUCAGUUUCUCUGCUGUUCGAUGGCCAACAUGUUUAUGUGAUAGUUGUCACCAACGAGCUUCAAUCCGAAAACCCUAAUAUAUUCGGUUCCCACGGCGGGAACUCUAGAAUCUUCGGCAUGACAGAAGUGGCAUUUAAUGCCGGAAUGAUGCUUGGACCGUUGAUGUCCGGCUCUAUGUCUGAGGCUUUUGGCUACUACCCUAUGAACUGCGCGCUGGGUAAGGUUGAAGCAUUCGGAGAUUCCUGCUUGUUGAAGCAUUAA